AUGGCGGGUGCACACGGUGCCACCAUGUCCGCCGCCGCUGCCAUAUCUUCAUCCUCCGUCCCACCGACCACCUCGGCAGCUCUAAUCCCCGGAAAAUCGCUCGUCUUACUUUCUUCUCUUCCCUCAUCGUUUCCAUCAAGACGAAGAAGAACUAACCAUCUCCGAAAGAAAAUCCUCAAAACCCUAGAAAACAAGCCUUAUCCAGACAUUUCCAAUCCCGAAUUUCCCCUCAAAACCCCACCAAUCGCCAUUGAAGAAACUGUGCAGCAACAGAUUACUGAAACCGACCAGCUUUCUCUCUCCCAAACCACUGGAUUCCUCGAUGGCAUUGCGGAGGGUGAAGAUCGAAACUUGAAUAGCGAUGAGUACAAGAAACCUAGGGCAUUAGAUUCAAAAGAGAAUCCGAAUUCAAUGGAAACCACAGAGGGUGGAAUACUAUUAGUUGAUAAAUCUGAAAUGGAUAACAGAAUUGUAGAAAUUCAAGAAAUGGCAAGGGAUGCCCGACAACAAGAAAGGGUAGAAGCAAAGAGAAAAGGGUUGGUGGAAGAAGAAGAAGAUGAUGAUGAUAUUGAUAUUGAUCAUGAUUUGAUUGAUAAAUCAUUGAAGGAGAAAGAGGUGGAUAAUCGAUUAAUGAAGUUAAGAAAAAGUUUAGAAGGGGAAAAGCCAAAAGGAUUUGAUAAGACUAAAGAUCUUCAUGUUGUUAAUGGUGAAUUUGACAAUAAAGAUCAAGAACAAGUAGAUGAAUCUAUUCCCAUUAUAGAGCCUAUAAAUAAGUUGGUGAAUGGAAGUGAAAAAACAAAACAAAGAGCAACUAAGACUGAAUCAAUAAAAGGUGCUUCAAAAGAGAUAAGGAAACCUCGAGGCUUUGGUCAAGAAAGUCAAAGUAAUGCUUCAAUAUCUUCCAAGAAUGAUGAUUCUUAUAGUAAUGGAAGUUUAAAGGGCAAAAAAGGUAGAAACAGGAAAUCUGGGGGAGAUUUUGGGGAUAUGAAAAUUAGUUCCAAGAUUGACUUUUGGUGGACUAGUCUCCCUUAUGUUCUGGCUAUCUUAAUGCAAAGAGGGGGGAAAAGUGAAGAAUCUGAAGGAUUAUUUACUUUAAGGAGUAAUUUUAAAAGUAAGAGUGGAUUAUCACACACCGUUGCUUUUGAAGAUCGUGGUGAUGCCACAAAUUUCUGUUAUCUUUUGGAAUCUUUUUUCCAAGAUUUAGAAGAUUUCACCACUAAUAUCAUACCAAUUCCAACAAAUGAGCUUGAAGAUGCAGUUAAAUCAGAGAUUAUGAAAGUAGUUGUGGUGAAAAAAGGUCAACUUCAGCUCUAUGUUGGUCAACCACUUACAGAUGUUGAGUCAGCUUUACGCACAUUAAUUCAACAACAAACCAAAUGAUUUUUUAUUUAAUUUUUAUUCUCAUUUUUAGAUUUAGGAAAGAUUGUUCAUUGAAAUGCCAUUUGUGAGCUAUUUAUGUUCUGUUUUUCAAGAUUUAGGUAGAGUUUGUUUAUUAAAAUUUGUAAUCUGUAAUCUUUUUUUUACAUUGUAGGAACUUUUUAUUUUAAUUAAUAAUAGUAAUAGAUUGUAG